AUGUCCGAACAGGCGGAACACAGCAACAAUGGUUUUCAAGAGGGAAAAGACCUCAGGUCGCCCGAACGGGCCCAUCUAGCCCAGGAUACACUUGCUGAUCGGCAGGGAUCGUUGGGUCCGCUGCAUGGGGAUCGUCCGCGCCAUAUACCGUCACAAAUUUCCCUGCGUUCACAGUCGCAAAUUGCCUCGAUUCCAUCAAACACAGGUGCGCCACCGACCGGCGGCGAGGCUGAAGUCGCGGAGGAGUUGGCAUGGGGCCCCGCGCAUCCUUGCUACCCUCAUGUCAAUCCACAUGUUCCCAUCGGGUCGCAAGAGUAUCUCACAACUAGAAUUAUUCGAAUACGACGCGAUUGGAUGGUGAAGGGGGAUCUGGCGCCGACGUUCUCGAACCUCUAUCCUGAGAUUCUGGACCCAUUACUACCGGAACAGGAGUUUCGGCGGGUGAUUGCGACGGUGAACGAGGAACUCAUCAAGGCGUUUGAUCCGUUCAGUUUCCGUAAUCUGCUUGAUGGCGCACUGGGUCUGGUCACAGGUUGGUUGUGGGAAGAUAUCGGUGCCCCUGGUAUCAAGAGCCAUCUGAAACGAGUGGAAGAUUGGCUUGACAAAUGGAAUCGCGAGGUCGGCGCGAAGGAUGGGGUACAUAUAUGGAGUCUGCGACGGACGGCAUACAUGUCUUUGGACAUCCAAAUCCCGGAUCCCAAGGUUGGCAUCAUCCACAGCGAGGGUGUGUCCCUGCCGGGAACAAGACCAAACAGUGGCGUUGGGCUUGGAUUCUAA